GUAUAUUACCAACAUUGUGCCUGCUUUAUGUGGUUUUAAACGAAUGACGUACUGCAUUUAUGACACUGCAGUCAAAGCACUUUCUGUGAAUAAUAUCUCAAACACAAAAAUCAUCCCCCGCCAUGUCACACCACAGAGCCAAACAGAAAAUAACCAGUCCGACCAGUUUUUAGUGAAACUUAAUCCAAAUAAAGUGACGCCUCAUUGGUUGAGACUGAGUUGAAAAAGAACGCCUAUACCUCCAACUCCUUAUCUUCUAUCAGUCUGAGGACACCGUGGGAAGAAGGGUUGAAACUCAAGUUUGGGUGAAAAAGAUGAUGGAGGAGGAAAAACCAUGGGCACUGGUCGAAGAGGUUGAAGGUGAUUUCUGUUACCCAGAAGAGAUUGCAGACGCACUGAAACAACACUUCCAAAUCAUCACCCUAAGUGAGCUUCUACAAAACCCAGGGCUCAAUGGUCGAAAAAUCCAAGUCCUGGUCAUAUGGAAGUUCUUCCCUGCAGCUGAGCCAAAAUUGCUCAAAAUGCUUCCCUCGCUCAAAAUAGUGGUCUGCACAGGAACAGGCACUGACCAUUUGGAUAUACCAUUCAUCAGCAGUCUUGGGGUGAAAAUUGCCAACACGGCAAUUGUGGUCAGUGAUGCCACAGCAGAUCUUGCCAUGGCUCUGCUUCUGGCCUCAGCUCGCAAGAUCCUCGAGAGCCAACAAAUAGCUGUGGACCCAAAAACUGUCCAAAUACCUCUGGACCUGUUGGGAGUGGAAGUCACAGGGUCGACCAUAGGGAUUAUAGGAAUGGGAGAUAUCGGUUACAGAAUUGCCCAAAGAUGUUCUGGAUUUCAAAUGAAGAUAUUGUAUCACAACAGGAGAAAAAGGAGUGAAGACGAUGAACGGGCAGUGAAAGCAAGUUUCUGUGAGAGCCUGAAUGAACUGCUGAGGAGGUCAGAUUUUGUUGUAAUAGCUGUCAAGCUGACAUCACAAACUAAAGGCCUCUUUGGCCACAGAGAGCUGUCCCUCAUGAAACCCACGGCAACUCUCAUCAACAUCAGCCGAGGUCAAGUUGUGGACCAAGAUGCUUUAGUCAAAGCUCUUCAGUCAGGAGCUAUUCGUGCAGCGGCAUUAGAUGUGACUCAUCCUGAACCUUUACCAAGAGAUCAUCCACUCCUGAGCCUGCCUAAUGUCCUGAUCACCCCUCACAUUGGAAUAAACACAAACUGCACAGCACGGCGAAUUGUGGAGAAGAUGGCAGAAAAUGCCCUGGCUGCAAUCAGAGGUUUACCUAUUCCGAAUGAAGUCAAAUCACAAUAAAGGCCAAUUCAAUAUUUGUCCAUGUCUGCCAGCAAAUCUGUGCCACACAGAAUAAAUUAACAGCAAAACUUUCUUCAGACAUGAAACGUGGAUAAAGUAACUCGUAAGUUGCUUAUAGCUGUAGAGACACUGACCUGGAUGACUGAGAACCUCUGCAGACACCAAUGAAUCCAAGAACA